AUGCUCAGGCUAGAGCUCGGUUUACCUCCUGAUGUUGCCCCAUUCGCAUCAUCUGAUGGAGGGGAACCUGAUCCUGCAACCCUCCAGCGUCUAACAUCGUUGAUCCUGGAAUACCAAUCACAAUACGCCAGACCUUCUGAGAAUACAGCUUCAAAUCGAGGCUCGCAUUAUGGAAGAGAGGAUCAGAGCAUGCCGAGGCCUCCUGUCCAGUAUGCGACGAGUUCCUGCAGAGCUUUGGGCGCACAUAUUCCACCAUUUCGUCUCUUCAACUCUUCGAGCGAAAGCGUGGAAUCGGCAAGAGACAAGCAGGUUUCCAACCCCGCCUUAGUUCUCUGCGCUGUUAACAAGUUAUGGCGUCGAAUUGCUCUAAGCACUCCUACAAUUUGGACCAACAUCACAGUUGACGCGGAAGCCUCCCACCCGAGCAAUCCUACUUCAUGUCAUUGCGAAGUCAAGGCAGGGCAACUUUGUAAUGCCCUUUUCGCGUUGGAGAACAUCGGAACGCGACCUUGGUCUUUGGAUCUCACCAUCUCCCCCACUUCAGCCAUCGCGACAUCUCCCCGGCUUGACUUGUCCUUGUACGACAAGAUCAUGUCACACCCCUCCACAUCGCAUAUGCGUCGAUUUCGAAUGUCGACCCACUCCCUCAUAUCCAACGUCGGUUCCUUGACCUUUCCUUCAGUUCGCUUUGUCACCAUCGAGCUGAAAGACAGUACGCCGGUCUAUCAUCGUGAUCCAGCGACAUACAUCGUCCCGGGCCUUCCAGCCCUAACGCACCUCAUCCUCCAAUCGGGCAGCCUUCCCCCUUCUCUCCCAUGGGAUAGCCUGACCCACCUAUACAUAGGACAGCAACUAUAUGUCGUCACUUGCGUUGCCCUACUCCAGGGGUGCAGGCGUCUCGAACGAGGCAUUUUUUGGAUCAUCGAUGAAGAUGGGUACACCCGAGUUGAGCCUCUCAAGUUAAUACAGGACCGAGUCGUCGAAUCGCCAGUCAAGGAUUUAUCUUUCAUCGAAGACUCGCCGUUUGAUUACUCGGGUGUAUCUGCCGUGUUGGCGCUCCCCAACCUCACGACUCUCCGAAUGUGGGCGAGGCCACAUGGUGUGCAUCCAUUUUGGCACGCCUACAACACCUGCCUUUUCAGCUCCUUGAGGCGAUUGAACCUCGUCAAUGUGCAUGGUUAUAUGCACUGCUUUGAAAUCGUUGACUGUUUGAGGAUGUGUCCCCUCCUUUCGGAGCUAGCUCUGAAUGUUAUUCCAAGGGAAGGAGAGGAUAUUGGCGAGGUCUUCAGGGCGCUCAGUUUCUCUGGACAGGAGCCGUUGCUGAAGUACCUUCGGGCGUUGCAGAUUCACUUUCAACCGAUGGGCGCUCCUCCGAGUCCCAACCAAACGGCGGCACGCUCCUCUCCCUUUGACGAUUUGGUGGAGAUGAUAUCUUCCAGGCUGCCUCCGCCCUCUGGAACACUCGAGGAAUCGGAUGGGCCCAUCGUCCGGUAUCUCGAACAAGUAGCCAUUAGGUUGGAGGGAGAUCCAGGGGAGCAAGCUGUGGUUCCGGAUCGGACGUUGGAGAAACUGAAAGACUUGGGGUGCCCGAACGUGAAUAUCGAUGUGAGGGUUGUCAGUAAAGAGUAUCUGAGAUCACCCAGUUUGGAUUUCUCCCUUCAUUGGGACGAGGGAUUCAUGGACUUUGUAAACGAACAUCCGUUUUUGUCAUUUCUCAGUGAUUAG